AAAAACAAUGUUCUUCAGUACCUUAAAAUUAUAUCUGAUGUAACUUAAUUAAUUGUUGUGAUAAAAUUGUAAAGACCAUGUUCAUUUGUUGUUGUAUGGAUAUGUUCUCCAACUUGUUCUCCGUAUACAGGCCACGCUUCUCGUGUUUGUCGAUUUGCAACAGUUGGAAGAUAAUUGUUUUGACUGUGAAGUGUAGCCCUGUGUAUUCGUUCUCAUUAGACUAAAUAAAGAUUCACAAAUUCUUCAGUUUUGAUGAUAUUAUAUACGAAAUAUUAGACUGAAUGGCUAUUCGGAUGUCAGUUGUUAUACGCCUCUCAAGCUUCUCCUUGAUGAAACCUUGUGCUGCAAGCAAUUCCACAUACUCAUGCCAACAAACAGUUUCGUAUAUCUAGUUAACCCACCAACGGCAUCAGAUCACCAGAAUUUGUGAUAAGAUUUCUUCAGUAUCCUCUAUGACAACGGGUCCCCCUGCUUCUAAGUCGCAGUCUCCAGUGCUGUUCUUUUUCCUUGGAGGGCUAGUCACGCUCAUAAUAUUGCUAGUUCUUCUCUUUGUCUUUUGGAAAAAAAUCAAACCAGAAGAUACUAAGAAAUUGGUAGCAGUAGUGAGAAGGCGGCCUGCAGCAUCGACAGAUGUUUUCAGUGGGAUGCUUCGAACAAUAAGCUACUUCGAUUUUAAGACAUUGAAGAAGGCAACCAAGAACUUUCAUCCUGGUAAUCUCCUUGGAGUAGGUGGAUUUGGCCCUGUCUAUCGGGGGAGAUUAGGAGAUGGGACGUUAAUUGCUGCUAAGAAAUUGUGCCUUGACAAAUCCCAACAAGGAGAAUCAGAGUUUCUUACAGAGGUAAAGUUGAUCACAAGCGUCCAACACAGGAACUUGAUUCGUCUUAUUGGAUGCUGCUCUGAUGGGCCACAACGGCUUCUUGUGUAUGAAUACAUGAAGAACAGGAGCUUGGACCUCAUUAUUUAUGGAAAGAGUGAUCAGUUCUUGAGCUGGAGCACCAGGUUCCCGAUAAUUGUCGGUAUUGCUCGAGGGUUACAAUAUCUACAUGAGGAUUCCCCCCUAAGAAUUAUCCACAGAGAUAUCAAGGCAAGCAACAUUCUUCUCGACGACAAAUUCCAACCGAAAAUUGGAGAUUUCGGGCUGGCUAGGUUCUUCCCUGAAGACCAAGCUUAUCUCAGCACUACAUUUGCUGGAACUUUAGGAUAUACGGCACCUGAGUAUGCUAUUAGAGGAGAAUUAUCUGAAAAGGCGGACAUCUAUAGUUUUGGAGUUCUUGUGCUCGAAAUAAUCAGCGGUAGAAAAAACACAGAUCUCACUUUAUCAUCAGAUAUGCAAUACCUCCCUGAAUAUGCAUGGAAAUUGUUUGAGACGUCGAAUGUGAUUGAUCUGAUAGAUCCAAAUAUGAAAGAAGAUGGAUAUGUGGAAAGGGAUGUCUUGCAAGCAAUCCAAGUCGCCUUCUUCUGCCUUCAGCCGCACCCCAACCUGAGACCCCCGAUGUCGGAGGUUGUAGUAAUGUUAACAUGCAAAGUUGAAAUGGUCGGAACACCUAUGAAACCCGCCUUCUUGGGAAGAAGGCGAACGAAAAACCAGAACAUUUCUUGGGAUUCUAUAACUGAGGCAUUCCCAUCUCCCUUGCAGAGUGAGUCUCCCUCGUUAGCUAAACCCUCAACUUGACGACAUUUUCAGGCUUUUUGUAUUUCGGAAGAAAGUUAAAAAGGGUAUAUGAGGUCUUCAUGCACACGGUGACAUUUCAAAUGUAGCUGCAAAUUAUUUGGUUC